UAAGCUACGAAUCCGCUUCGUUUGAAAUUCGCGUUGCGAAUAUGCGUGUGUCGUUUCUGUAUCGUUUCAAAACCCAACGGUACUUUAAAUGUUGUGUUUAUGCACUAGGGUACAUUUUAUUGUUCAUAACAUCCUUUUUGUUUGUAGUGCUUCUGCUUUUUUGGUUGGAGGUCGAUGGGCUCUUGCUGACACCAGCAUUGUGGGCCUAAGUAAUAAAUCCUUCUCCGUUUCCUGCGCCAGUGUACCAUUUGUUACCAAGUUUCCUGAAAUAAAUCUAAAUAACUGGAUGUGCUUGCCUGUUUCUGCAGUCGACAAGUUACAGUCAGGUGAUGAAUGUUAUCGCUCAAAAAUGGAAGUGUUGUGCAUGGAACUCCAGGGUCGCUUGUGUAAGGAAAUUGAGAAGAUUGAUAAGAAGGCCAAGUUUAGAGUGGACAAAUGGGAGCGUCGUGCUGGUGGUGGCGGAAUUUCAUGUGUUCUAGAGAAUGGUGAUGUUUUUGAAAAGGCUGGUGUAAACAUCAGUGUGAUAAGUGGGAACCUUAGCGCUCAAGCUGUGAAAGAAAUGCGUGCAAGACAUAAUGAAAUUGAUCCUAAUAAAGAGUGCAAAUUUUUCGCUUGUGGUAUCAGUUCAGUUAUUCAUCCACUUAAUCCAUAUGUCCCUACAACACACUUCAAUUUUCGUUACUUCGAAGUUGAUUUGGGUAACAAUCGUAAAUGUUGGUGGUAUGGUGGCGGAGCAGAUUUAACUCCAUACUACUUAUUUAAUGAAGAUGCUAAACACUUUCAUGAGCAAUUAAAAUUGGCUUGUGAUCAACAUAACGAAUCGUUUUAUCCCCGUUUUAAAAAAUGGUGUGAUGAUUAUUUCUAUCUGACACAUCGAGGUGAGACACGUGGUGUUGGUGGAAUAUUUUUCGACGAUUUAGAUGGUACUUCACAAGAAAAAGUAUUCAGUUUUGUAAAAUCAUGUGCUGAAGCAAUCAUUCCAGCUUACCUACCGAUUGUUGAAAAACGAAAGCAUUUAGAGUAUACUAACAAAGAACGUGAAUGGCAGUUGGUAAGACGUGGACGUUAUGUUGAAUUCAAUUUAAUCUAUGAUCGUGGCACUAAAUUUGGUCUAGCCACUCCAGAAGCUCGUAUUGAAAGUAUUUUAAUGUCUUUACCACGUUAUGCUCAAUGGAACUAUUGUUAUGACAAUUCACAGGAUCCACGUAAUCAAUCUCUCAUUGAGGUGCUUAAAAAUCCUAAAGAAUGGGUUUAAACAUGAUAAUGUAAAUUCUUUUCUUUUAAAUAUUCAUUACACUGUUGUAUAAAGUUUUACUUCUUACAAUUUUAUCUCUUUAUUCUACCUCUAAAUUUAUUCAUGUAUAUCAUUAAUUAGUUUAUAUUGUAUUGUGAUAUGUACUUAUGAAUGUAGAAUACAUCAAUAGGUGUUUGUCUUUUAUUUUCAUGUUGGUUUAGUAGUCGAUUAGAUCCAACUUAUUGUACAAUGUUGUGAUGUUUGUUAAUGAAAGUUAAUAUUUAUUCAAACAUCACUCGUUUUUUGUUGUUGUAGUUAGUUCAAGUAUAUUGAGAUCAUAAGUUUGAGAACUGGAGUUUAACACAACUUUCCUAGUUUAACUCUCUCAACCAUUGUUACUACCUUGAUAUGGUGAUUGGGUUUGCCUAUUGUAAUGAAUCAAUCGAGCUAUACUGGCUGGAACAAUCAUUCUUCAAUGUCCGACUGUUAUUGGAACAUAGAUUGGAUUAAAGCAUGCUCAAUGUUUGAUUGCUUUAGCGCAUGCUGAUUGGAUAAGAAUUAGCCAGUCAGCGCUAGUCGAUACUUGGAGAAUACUCUAGAAAUCUUCUCAUGUAAAAACUAUAAAUAUACUAACGUGUUUUCCUAUUGUGCUUCUUACUUCUAUCUAACCUUGUUAUUUGGAAUAUAAUCUCUUUCCUGUU